AUGCCCGCCACCAACCAGGGCUGGCCCGAGGACUUCGGCUUCCGGCUGGGCGGCUCCGGCCCCUGCUUCGUCCUGGAGGUGGCCGAGGGGAGCAGCGCGCACGCCGGGGGCCUGCGGCCGGGGGACCAGAUCCUGGAGCUGGAGGGCCUGGCCGUGGGCGGCCUGAGCCGCGAGCGCCUUGUGCGCCUGGCCCGGAGCUGCCCGCGGGUGCCGCCCAGCCUGGGGGUGCUGCCAGGUCCCGAGGGCGGCCCGGGCCUGCCGGUGGCCCACACCGCGGCUCUGCGGGCCCCACGCGCCCUGGGGCGCGAGCUGCUGCGCCUGCUGGGCCGCCAGCGCCCCGACGCCGCGCACCGGGAGCGCAGACGGAAGGCCCAGGAGUUCAGCCGCAAGGUGGAUGAGAUCCUGGGGGACCAGCUGAGCGCCAAGGAGCAGGUCUUUGUGGCCCUGAAGCACUUUGCAGCUGAGCAGCAGGUGGACGACCUGGUGUGGGCUCUCACCCUGGCCUUGCCGCGGGAUGCUCGGGGGCCCCUGCUGGACAACCUCAGGAUCUUCAUCCCGAAGAAGCACCGGGCGCGCUUCGACGAGGUGGUGUCGCAGGGCCUGCUUGGCAAACUGUGCCGCGCGCGUCGGACGCAGGGCGCGCAGCGGCUGCGCCGGAGCCGCAGCGAGGAGCGGCCCGAGCGCCUCCUGGUGUCCACGCGCGCCAGCGCCGCCCCGCGCCGCCCGGACGAGCCGCCCCCACGCAAGGCAGCCUCACUGCUGGGCGGCCGGGCCGGCCCCGGGGGCGCGCGCAGGACCGUCCGCGUCUACAAGGGUAACAAGAGCUUUGGCUUCACGCUGCGUGGCCACGGGCCUGUGUGGAUCGAAUCUGUCCUGCCUGGCAGCCCGGCUGACAAUGCCGCCCUCAAGUCCGGGGACCGCAUCCUCUUCCUCAACGGGCUGGACAUGAGGAACUGCUCGCACGACAAGGUGGUAUCCAUGCUGCAGGGCAGUGGUGCAAUGCCCACGCUGGUGGUGGAGGAGGGACCCGUUCCAUUUGCCAGUGACUCAGAUUCGAUGGAUUCCCCCAACCCCACAUCGGCACUCACCUCACUGCAGUGGGUGGCUGAGAUCCUGCCGUCCAGCAUCCGCGUCCAGGGGAGGACCUUCAGCCAGCAACUGGAGCACCUGCUCACGCCGCCGGAGCGCUACGGCAUCUGCCGGGCCCUCGAGAGUUUCUUCCAGCACAGAAACAUCGACACGCUCAUCGUGGAGGUCUACCCCGUGCUGGACACGCCAGCCAAGCAGGUGCUCUGGCAGUUCAUCUACCAGCUGCUCACCUACGAGGAGCAGGAGCUGUGCCAGGAGAAGAUCGCCUGCUUCCUGGGCUACACGGCCAUGACAGCUGACUCCGAGCCGGAGCUGGAACCGGAGCUGGAGCCCGAGCCGGAACCAGAGCUCCAGCGCCACAGCUCCCUGCGGGCCUCCUCCAUGUGCCGCCAGAGCCUUCGGUCCCAGGGCCUGGACACCAGCCGCGGCCCUGGGGAAUGCCCUGACAUGCCACUUCCUCUGGUCCCAGGCGAGCGCCAGGCCGGCGAUGGCACGUCCCUCCCCGAGACCCCCAACCCCAAGAUGAUGUCAGCCGUCUAUGCCGAGCUCGAGUCUCGACUGAACAGCAGCUUCAAAGGGAAGAUGGGGUCCAUGUCCAAGUCCAGGGCCUCCCCACCGGGCCCCAGCCCAGCUGAUGCCACAGGACCCAGGACCCUGUCCAACGUCUCCUGGCCCAGCGAGCGGCUGCUGCCUUCUCACUGCUACUACCCACUCUGCUCUGGGGACCUGGCCUCCCCCAGCAGCUCCGAGUCCCACCCCUAUGCCAGCCUGGACAGCAGCAGGGCGCCCUCCCCACAGCCGGGCCCUGGGCCCAGCCACCCGGACAGCCCCCCUAGCCCAGAUUCCGCCCGCCCACCCAGCCGCCGGAAGCUCUUCACCUUCUCCCGCCCGGUGCGAAGCCGGGACACGGACCGCUUCCUGGAUGCGCUGAGCGAGCAGCUGGGCCCCCGAGCGGCCCUGGUAGAUGAUUUCCUGACACCCGAGAAUGACUACGAGGAGAUGAGCUUCCACGACGACCAAGGCAGUUUCGCCACCAACGAGCGGAGCAGCGCCAGCGACUGUGUGAGCAGCAGCGAGGAGGGCAGCUCCCUGACGUAUUCCUCCAUCUCUGACCACAUCCCCCCACCCCCGCUCAGCCCCCCGCCCCCGCCCCCACUGCCUUUCCACGACCCCAAGCCCAGCUCCCGCUCCUCCGAUGGCCCCCGGGGUCCCAGUCAGGGGCUGAGCAAGCCCCUCCCUCAACUCAGCCACCCAGUCCCGCCCCCACCCCCACCACCCCUGCCUCCACCGGUGCCCUGUGCACCCCCCAUGCUCUCCCGGGGUCUGGGGCACCGGCGCAGUGAGACCAGCCACAUGAGCGUCAAGCGCUUGCGGUGGGAGCAGGUGGAGAACUCGGAAGGCACCAUCUGGGGCCAGCUCGGGGAGGACUCCGACUAUGACAAGCUGAGUGACAUGGUGAAGUACCUCGACCUGGAGCUGCACUUCGGCACACAGAAGCCUGCUAAACCGGUGCCGGGCCCAGAACCCUUCAGGAAGAAGGAGGUGGUGGAGAUCCUGUCCCACAAGAAGGCCUACAACACUUCCAUCCUCCUGGCGCACCUGAAGCUGAGCCCAGCGGAGCUGCGGCAGGUGCUCACCAGCAUGGAGCCCCGGCGCCUGGAGCCCGCGCACCUGGCUCAGCUGCUACUCUUCGCACCCGACGCCGACGAGGAGCAGCGCUACCAGGCCUUCCGCGAGGCGCCCGGACGCCUCAGCGAGCCCGACCAGUUCGUCCUGCAGAUGCUCUCGGUGCCCGAGUACAAGACUCGUCUGCGCAGCCUCCACUUCCAGGCCACGCUGCAGGAAAAGACCGAGGAGAUACGAGGGAGCCUCGAGUGCCUGCGCCAGGCCUCCGUGGAGCUCAAGAACAGCCGGAAGCUGGCCAAAAUCCUGGAGUUUGUGCUGGCCAUGGGCAACUAUCUCAAUGAUGGCCAGCCCAGAACCAACAAGACUACAGGCUUCAAGAUCAACUUCCUGACGGAGCUGAACUCCACCAAGACCGUGGACGGCAAAUCCACCUUCCUGCAUAUCCUUGCCAAAUCGCUGAGCCAGCAUUUUCCAGAGCUCCUGGGCUUUGCUCAGGACCUGCCGACCGUGCCCCUGGCUGCCAAAGUGAACCAGCGGGCCCUGACCAGUGACCUGGCUGACCUGCAUGGCACCGUCCGUGAGAUCCAGGAUGCCUGCCACACCAUGUCCCCCUCCAGCGAGGACAAGUUUGCCGUCGUCAUGGCUUCCUUCCUGGAGACGGCGCAGCCGGUACUCCGGGCGCUGGACGGGCUGCAGCGGGAGGCCAUGGAGGAGCUGACCAAGGCGCUGGCCUUCUUUGGGGAGGACUCCAAGGCCACCACCUCCGAGGCUUUCUUCGGCAUUUUUGCGGAGUUCAUGAGCAAGUUUGAGCGAGCACUCAGUGACCUGCAGGCUGGAGAAGGGCCCCGCAGCUCCGGGAUGGUCUCACCUCUGGCCUGGUGA